AUCAAGAGCAGUUUUGCAUUUGGAAGGAAUGUAUUUUUCAGACUGUAAAAUGAAACAAACAAAAAAUUAAGAGACGAUGUUUGGUGAUUGGUAAUUUAGAUGAAUAGAACUAAAAUUUUAAAGGGUCAGAUGGAUGUAAUCAUUUUUCCGUAUCGAUACAUGCUGUUGGCGUCAUAUGUAGCGCUGACCAUGGGUGCAAAUAAUACAACGACCCCUAUGCAAAACUUAUGGUACGACUUAUUUGUUAAACAAGGCUACAGUACAGUUAUUCGACCUGUAUAUAACACAAGUAUUGUUACAGAUGUUUCACUGUCCUUGCAUUUGAAGAGCUUAAACAGUUUUGACGAAGUUUCCGGAAUCUUGUCGCUGAAUGCAUACAUGUUUAUAACAUGGUAUGAUGCUUUCCUUACCUGGGACUCACCCGAUUAUGACAGCAUUAGUUUGGCUCGCUGGCCUCAGGACCCAUCUAUCUUGUUAAAAAAUGCUGCAGAUGGCACAAUAGACUGGUCACCAAUGGAGAUAUUUGAGAGUUCAUGUCCCGUGGAUAUGACUUAUUUUCCCUAUGACAUUCAGACGUGCGAACUACAGUUUAUGUCGUGGAGCUACACAGAUGACUCGGUACAACUAUACACGAAUAGAAUCGAAUACGUAGAUCUGGAGGACUUCACGCCAAACCCACAGUGGGAAAUUAUAUCUACAGACAUCUUUUUUGCCAACAACACACCAGCUAAUCACGUGGAAGUGCUCUCGUUCCAAAUACAAAUGCGACGAAAACCGCGUUAUCAUUUGUCUACAAUGUUUCUUCCGAUAGUGCUGCUCGCUGUUUUGGACAUUUUUGUAUUUAUUUUACCCAGCGAUGGUGGGGAGAAGUCCGGAUAUGCUGUCACAGUUUUCUUAGCAUUUACUGUCUUUCUAACAAUUGUGAAUUCAACUAUGCCCGAGAACUCGGAGAAUUUGCCAAUCUUUUCCAUGUAUAUUAUUAUACAAACUGGACAGAGCACAUUGAUUACAAUGUUCUCGCUACUUUCUAUUCGUAUUGCGUCUUUUGACGAAACAACUAGAAUUCCAUGCGUCUUAGCUGCAAUGAGCAGACUGGUCAGAAUGAUACAGUGCAAAACAACCUGCAAGAACAGAUGUACCACAAAGAUCAAUAAAAUCGGAAACGAAGAUGAAUGUGGAGGCGAUGAUGAUAGUUACGUUGAUCGGAAGGAUAGCGAUUACAGCCUUGAAAAUGAGACAUUGACAUGGCGACAUGUUGCUAAUGCAGGGGAUUUAGUUUGCUUCGUUAUUUUCUCUGCAGCUUUUGUAAUCUCGACAGUCGUUUGCUUUUGUGCAAUUGAACGUGGUGGACGGUAAUAUCGCGGUUUCUUUUGUUUUGUUUUAUUUGAGAAAGUGUCAAAGGCUCUUGGUUUCCGGAUAAGAACGCUUUUGCAAGGUCUGUAGGACUCAAAUAUAAUUUUUAACGUAAAUGUUUCAAUUCUAAAACCGUCAUUUUCCGAUGUUGCUAAGAAAAAUGACAGUUUAAGAAUCGAGACAUCUACGUUAAAACAUCGUUACAUUCAAUUAAAUUUGAGUCAAAAAUAUUUUUUACCCGAAACCAAGUGCCUAUGGAAUUUAUCACAAUGCUUUUUUGUAUUUGUAGAUUUAAUUUUCUUUAUGACCAUUCUAAUCUGUAGUAGUUAAAAUUCAGAAAACAAAAACCUGGAUAGUA